AUGCCCCGUUCCCCUCGGCGGGGAGGCCGUGCCCUUCCUGCCUUGCUGUCGGGCUUGGUUUACGCGGCCUUCGGGUGCCGUCGCGCCUGGCCCGAGGGCAGGAAUUACCGGGGUCAGGAGCCGGGCUCCAGCCCGCGGUUGGGCCCACUGAAGAUGCACUGCAAGAGCUGUGCUCUGGUCACCAGCUCUGGACACCUCCUGGGCAGCAGGCAAGGGGACAGCAUCGACCAGGCCGAGUGCGUCAUCCGGAUGAACGAUGCACCCACUCGRGGUUAUGGGAAGGACGUCGGGAACAAAACCAGCCUGAGAGUCAUCGCCCACUCCAGCAUUCAGAGGAUUCUGCGAAACCGCAACGAACUCUUGAACAUGAGCCACGGGGCCGUGUUCAUCUUCUGGGGCCCGAGCAGCUACAUGAGGAGAGAUGGCAAAGGCUUGGUGUACAAUAACCUGCAGCUGAUGAACCAGAUACUGCCUCAGUUAAAAGUGUAUAUGAUUUCUCGCCACAAGAUGCUUCAGUUUGAUGACCUUUUUAAACGGGAGACUGGAAAAGACAGGAAGAUAUCCAAYACUUGGCUUAGCACGGGCUGGUUCACAAUGACUAUCGCAUUAGAGCUCUGUGACAGGAUAAAUGUUUAUGGCAUGGUGCCACCGGAUUUCUGCAGGGAUCCUAAUCAUCUUUCAGUACCUUAUCAUUACUACGAACCUCUGGGACCCGACGAGUGCACAAUGUACAUUUCCCACGAGCGGGGCCGCAAGGGCAGCCACCACCGCUUCAUCACCGAGAAACGCGUCUUCGAGAACUGGGCACGGACAUUCAACAUCCACUUCUUCCAGCCAGACUGGAAACCAGAGCCUCUCUCUGCAAACCACCCCGAGGAGAAAGCGCUGGCCUGAGGCACGGACACACAAACCAGRCACAGUCACCUCCUGCAGUGGCCUUUGGACCUUGCGGGCCAGCACGGCAGCCUGCAGGAGAAGGGUAACAGGGUCUGCAGCUGGCACCUGCAGCAGCAGUCAGGAAGUUGGGAUGGAGGAGCAGCACACACCAAGAGGACUUUCUGUUAACUGUAUUCACCCAGUCCAUCACCUUUGGGGCCGUCUGACUUCCUGUGUGUGUUUGUGAUUCGUGAAACACAACCCGAGUGUCAUKAAGGGAUGGUUAAUUCAUUAUGGCUUUUUUAAGUACAAUGCCACUGRAUUUUCAUAGUGAAAACUUUGCGUAUUUAUUUAAUGGAGGUUUUUAUGCAACCUAGGCCAGUAUUUUUCUAAUUCACAGUUAUGUGGUUGGUUAUCUUUCAUAAUCUUUUAAAUCCAAAAUUAAUAUUGCUGAUGGUUUGAAAGGCCUAGAUUUUUAUUUAUAAGACUUGUUUGAAAUAUAUAAUUCCAUAUAGCAUGUAAUUAAUAUUUGAUYGGGAAAUGUUGGAUUUCUUCUAAAAAAUUUGGGCUCUGUUCCAGCCUAAAGCCUUUAACAGCAAGAGUGGUCCCAUGUGGAGAUCCAGCUCACUUUACAUUUUGACAUCUCAUGUUAAUACGAAAACAGUAGUGAAAAUUCUGUUUGAUAUUAAUCUGCAUUUGCUGCUGUGCUAUCAAGCUGCUGUUUUUUUAAUAGGGGUGGGAGGAAGGAGGGCAAACAAAACUUACCCAAAAAAGCCAACUCCCUCCCACUGGCCAUGGCAGCAGCUUCUCAGUGAAGACACCAGGCUAAGGCUGGAGGGGUUGUGUUCUGUUUUGCCUCUUGUAUUUCUGCAAGAGGCUAGCAGAGCCSUCCUAGGCAACAGACUACAAACCAKKCCACAGAUGCUYGACACAAUGUGACCAAAUUUCUGGAAUGAAGAAGAUAAAUAAACUACACAGUACUACAAUAUCAGUCACAGUAGUCAGAUCACAGCACCGCACCUGCAAAAAUCUCUGCCUUCCACUGUCCUAAGAUCACCGAUCUCAAAGAUUCUGGAUCACAUUGAAGCUGGGAUAUGAAAAGAGUUCCACGAAUACAAAAUUGUCCUCCUGAAAGGAGCAAAGUUAAACUUUGCAUUUUUUUCCAUGAAGUACCUGUAUGUGCAUGGUGAGUCCCUGCAAGGCAAGGAGAAGGACAAUGCUCAUGCUGUGURUGGAGCCUCACAGUGGGAAUUACUGGGUUACAUUCAGCUUGUGAAUAAAGAAGAUUUCAGUUACACWAUUACUAUUCCUUUUGCUUUACAAAUACCCAAUCUCAGAUUUCUUCAGAGUAAUGAGUAACUAUUGCAUGAAACAUACCUCAGGUGAUGGAAGGUGUCUCUCAUUUGGCAAGUGCAAAAGCUAGAACAAAGAUACUACCUUUAAACACCUAAAUCCAAGAAGCUGGAYCUCAGAGGUGAGACAAAGAACUCACUCUCAUUUAGACCCCCUUACAACCCAUGGUCUUCCUCUUCCCAAAAUUGGAUAACAGUAGCUGCAGCUGCCCCACAGAUACCCCGAUUCUCUAGGGACAAAGUGAACUGUCCUGGCAGGGGCAAAACAGUGUCACCUCUGUAACACUGCCUGGACCUGAAGUGCAGGUCUCCAAGAGCAACUGUCCUGCUGCAGCCCUGCCCACUAUCAAAAAGUAAGAAACUAUAAUGUAUUUUGCCUCAAAAGCUUUAUUUUGGUGUUCUUCCUCAUAUACACUGCUCAGCUUACAAAUUGAAUGCCAAGUGCUUGUUACCUUUCUSUUGUCAGCUGGUAUUUAACUCUCCUCCUUUCACUGAUGGUGUUUUAUUUCUUCCACUUGAUUUCACUGCAUUCUAUUAAAAAAAAUGGAUUUUGAACUAAUGGCAAUUUGAACAUUCCUUUCUACAUGUGUACUGAGGUGUGUAUCCAGCUCCAACUGAUGAAGUCURUCAAACUGAUUUACAGAUCAUUUCUAUGUGACUGCAAGAUAUGGAAUGAAUCACAGUAGGUUCUCUGAUGCUACCCUCGUUUUAUUACUGAUACAACAAUAAAAGGAUCUUGUCAUUUUAAACUAGAGCUCUUAGUUUUUCCAUCAGUCAAGGCCUGC